AUGACAGCCAAGUCCUCCGAACAGCUCAACGGUCUGAUCAAUUCAGUCACUCAGGCACUGAAUGCGCUCAAGGCUCAGGGGAUCAGUCUGGCACCAUGUGAUGGCAUGUUGCUGACCCAGCUCAUCCAGAAAAAACUGGAUCGCUCAACCCGCGAGGCGUGGGAACACUCACUCGGCUCAUCAACGGACUUUCCGAAGCUCAAGAAGCUCAAUGAAUUUCUUGUAUCUCGUGCUCGAGCUCUUGAACGCAUUGGACCAGCCCAAGGUCCGAAUAACUCGGCUCACGCUCAGAAACCUUUGAGAAAGCUUCCAACCUCCGGAAGACCCAAUGCUUACGCCAAUGUCGCUGUCCAGAGUUCAUCGUCUGCUCAACGACCGCCAGUGACAUCGGGGGGUUCCAGCUCGGCUCAAUCAGGCACGGCAUAUCCUUGUGAUAUGUGUCGUGGCGAUCACUACAUUGUGAAGUGUGACAAGUUCACAUCACUCUCCAAUGCUGACCGCUGCCAAGUGGUCUUGAAGUACCAGCUCUGCUCCAACUGCCUUGGACACCAUCGCAAGGAAGCUUGCCGAUCCAAGUUUCGUAUUCGCGCAUGUCAGGGUGAUCAUCACUCCAUGAUUCACCCAGGACCGCUCAGUCUGACUACCCAAGGCAGCAACCCCACGACUGCUCAAUAA